AUGUACGAUUCCUCUGUGCGUGGCUGUCAGGAUAAUGAUACGCAUGGCUCUUUGCUUGGGUUAUCGCGUCAAAUAUUUGCCAACACUUCAGAGGAGGUUCGAACAACUUCAACAAUGGAUUUGUCGCACUAUUUCGAUUCAACAGCGGCAAGAUGGGACACAAUUGGGCUUCUCUUUGUGCUGUUAGGGUCCUCAUUAUUUCAUGUUCGUGACGAUGACCCAAUCUUCACACAUCGAAAUCCAUGGAAGCUCGAAAAAAGUCAAUUGAGAAGCGUUGCUGUCACCGUCAGUGAAACCUGCUGGCAGUUUUGUAACGCCACCGGAACAGUCAGUGAUGCUCUUUGCUGGCUGACGACCCAGCAAAUUUCUCUUCUAGCUAUAAUGUUUGGCUACACUGACUACCGAGUCUGGCAAAAGCUUGGAGAUAUCUCCACUGUCAUUUACGGAUUUGGCUUACAUCAGUCAGGAGAACAUGUGGACCAAAGCAUUCCAUUCUUCCUAGCUGAACUACGAAAACGGGUCAUGGCCUAUGCUCUCCCCCUUCCUCUUGAUAUCUCAUACGAUGAAUUGGUCCGACCCCGAAGGGACGGAGACAGAACAUUUCCCAAGAUGGACGCUAACGGAUGGAAUACUGAAGGCAAACUAACUGUUGCCGCCAAACUUCGUGUCGCACUUCUGGCGUGUCUAUUACGAGAAAGUAUCCUUGAAUUAUCUUUAAGCCCUGAUACAAGGGAUAUACCAUCCAGAGUCGAAAAACUGAUUCAAGAAUCUCGACAGAUACAAAGUGAUCUUCCUUUAUUCAUGCAGUGGUCUCCCGAGCAAGCUGCUGCGGGUGUUUACAUCUCCUCCCGAGACGAAGGCCGCGCAUUCGCACAUAUAGAAUUCACCUACCAGGAGUUUUUGCUCCACCGAAUCCUAUUAAAACGUGUUGGGACAGCGUCUCAAGGUCUCAUUGAAAGCUCCCUUGAGCUUAUCACUACGCUGGUGGACACUACCAUUGCCGUGAAGUCAAGAUCUGAUAAAUCAGCGGUGGGGAUUUCGUGGGAUUUAUGCUACGUCGGUCUUCCAGCCGCAGGCAUCCUAACGUCGAAACUACUCUCCGAUCACAGCUCUGGAACAUCGUUUCCUUCUCUAGCACCAUUUUCUGCAAACGUUCGCACGCUUAUCAUUAAAAAGCUCGGUUCAUAUGUUUCUCAUCUGACGUUUCAGGUACAGCCGUACCAAGGAAAUUAUGAGAUCGUACAACAAGGUGCAACAUAUAUUCGUUGGGUGCUUGAAAAAAUCCACUCCACUAUAUCCUCUGAAACUGCUACAUUGAGUUCAGACUUUGAUCUGCCCGAGAGCUGGCUCGAUGAGUGUGACUCACAGGGUAACCCUGACUUCAUGACAUGGUUUGAUAAUAUCCAGUGGGCUCAAGACUCUCUUUUCAGCUUCACAUAG